GGCUCCGGGUCUGCAGCUUUCCCUCCUCCCUCCCUCCUGACCGCCGCCCCAAACUUGCGAAAGCUGUUGCAAGGAGAAUCUCAGUACAAAAACAACCUCAAUCCUGAAUCCUCCUUGAUAUCUGCAACUCGAGCACAACAUGUUUUUAGGGCUCAUUUUGUGCCUCUCUCUGAAUUUGUUAUUCUUUGAGAAUGUGCAAACAAAUCAACAAGAACCAUCAUCUGCUAAUAUCAAUAUCAGCAAUGACCCUGAGAUGUCAAAACUUAUGGCCAGAAUGAAAUACAUUGCUCGAAGCUGCAAAGACAUCCGUGACAAGUACCAUGUUACUGAGGAUGGCCUGUACUAUCUGAUCUCUUCAAGAGGAGUCCUUUACCAGACGUUCUGUGACAUGACCACUGCAGGCGGCGGCUGGACGCUGGUGGCCAGUGUUCACGAAAACAACAUGUAUGGAAAGUGUACAGGUGGUGACCGCUGGUCUAGUGAACAGGGCAGCAAUGAAAACCGGCCCAAAGGUGAAGGCACAUGGGCAAACAAAGUCACAUUUGGAGCCGCAGAGGCCGCUACAAGUGAUGAUUACAAGAAUCCGGGAUACUAUGACAUUGCAGCUCAGGAUGUUUCUGUGUGGCAUGUGCCUAAUAAUAUGGAGUUGGAACACUGGAGCCAUGGCUCCAUUCUCAGAUACCACACUGAAAAUCACUUCCUGACCCUACACGGAGGAAACCUAUUCAAGUUAUUUAUGAAAUUCCCUGUGAGGUUUGGAAUCGGCUCCUGCAACAUUGAUAAUGGACCUGCUGUCCCAAUUGUGUAUGAUACUGGCAAUGAGGAAUCUACCAAAAACCUGUAUGGUCCAUAUUCAAGAGAAAUAUUUGAGCCUGGAUUCAUCACAUUCAGAGUCUUCAAUACUGAGAAGGCAGCCAUGGCUCUUUGUUCAGGUGUUAAACCAACUGGCUGUCACACUGAACAUUUCUGUAUUGGUGGAGGUGGACACUUUCCUGAAUCUCCUAGACAAUGUGGAGAUUUUACAAGUUUUGACUGGAGUGGCUAUGGCACUAAUACAGAUUGGAGUGCUUCCAGAGAGAUAACUGAAGCAGCGGUGCUUCUCUUUUAUCGCUGACAGAUCAAACCUUUCUUUCCUUUGUUGUAAUCACAGUUUUCUACGGAGACCCGGAAGCGACGUGAUGGUGGGGGAAAACAAAACUGAGUGGGAGAAAAAAAAAAUGGGUGGGAGAAAAAAACAGUGAUAGGAAAAUAUGUCGAUCAUCACCCUUCAUAUGCAACCUCUGAAUUAGUGAAUGCAUGUAUACAGACCCACUCUGUAUGAUAAACUGAUCCCAGAUCAGCUUCUGUACAUGCCAUGUAAAGUGACACCUGUUAUCAAACAAGUGAAGAGCGGCAAGUGGAUCUCUCGUUUUGUUUUGAUUGAUAACAGAGGUGUCUUUGUAAGAAUGCACAGAUCUAUAAUGAAAGCGUUCCAUUACUUUUGUAACUGUUUGUGCUCAUUUAGGAGAAAAUUAGCUGUGUUUAAAAUAAAACAUGCAGGAAGAUAUGUUUAUGUAUUAUUAAGACUAUUUGUCUGUUUAAACACGCAUCUUUAAAUGGCGUGUACAGAAGCUGAUGUGGGAUCAGUUUGUCAUAGGAGCGAGUCCGUAUACAUGCAUUCACUUAUUCUGAGGUUGAUUGACGCACAGCUUAAAUGGAAAAAAGUGAAUGCAGACAUUUUUAUAUUCAUUUCAACGUGCUUUCAAGAUAUAAAAUACAUGAGAAAUAUGGGAAAAUACUUAAUGAUAGGAUGAUAACGUUUUCCAUUUAGUCUUUUUCUAUUUCCUAAAAUGGAAAUAUAUACAAAACCAAAAUAAAUUCUGUGCAUUUCCACCUGCUAAAA